GAAAUGAUAAAAGACGCUCGCACAAGCUACCCAUGACGUAAAGUGUUGCACGUGGCUUGUUACUUAGUUAAAGUUAGUUUAUUUCGUGUAUUUUACUUUUUUACAGGAUCGUUAAUUCGAUAUGCCAAUGAUUUUUUAUUUGUUUGUUACAGUUUGUAGAAUUCAGUGUAAGAGCACUGCGAUGAGGGAAAUAUGUGUUCCCGCCUAGCUCAAACUGAUCCCUUCCGAUCGUGGAAAUGUUAUGAUUGCAGAUGCAAGACGUUUUAACUGCGAUCGUCUUUCUUGAUAAUUGCUCAAGAGUCAGCAGAAGUGUUUGGAACUUCGCAGUGAUUAAUUAGCUUAGCGGCCUUAGCCAGCAAAGAAUGUCUGCUACGGCACAACCGCGGGAUAGAAGAGCCCACGAAAAACGUCGAAGGAAACGACAAGAUGGAAAUUCCGAUAACCAAAGUCCACGAUCAGCGCCAGUGUUGACUGGGCUCCGUCCAACGGUCGCUCAGAAUGCAGUGGUACCAUCUGAUCAUCAGAACGGAGAUUCAGCAGUGGAACACAGUCCUCGAUCAAGACUGGAGCGAAAACUGGCUGCAUUAUUGCAUAAUCAAGAACCUGACGAGCAAUCGAUGAAUGUUAUUUCGUUAUUGGUGGAUGAAACUAAUCGCGAAUACGAACAGGAGGUGGAAAUGUUAAGGGAAGAAGUGCAGAAAUUAAAAAGGAUGCUACACGAUGCAACAGGAAUGCUUCAGCAGAUUCCUCAGGAGCAGCACGUCCUAGACGGAAAAAUGCAGGAGGCUCCUGUUAAUGCUAAUCGCGAAGCCGAACGUGAAGACUCUGAGCUGCGAUUCCAGCGGGAAGUGCAUCGUAUCAAAAAGAGGAUGCAGGAAGAGCACCAGAAAGAAAUGGAGAAGCUGCGACAGUAUUUUGAGAGACAGUGUUCAAAGAGUCAAACAGAUUACAUCAAUGAAAUUUAUACUCUCAAGCUGGAAUGCCAGGAAAUUGAACAGCAGCGUUCAGAAUUAGCAAAGCUCAAGUCUGUUUGUGAUACGAAGGAUGAAAGCCUGAAGCAGCUUGACAGACAAAAUGCAGGCAUAAUGCGGGUCAGAAAUCAGCUUGCCACGGAAAUACAGCAAUUAGAUGCGACAUUAAAGAAGAUGGAGAAAGACAAAUUAGCAUCAGAGGAACGCACAAAGAAGAUCCUAUCGGCCGUACGUGAAGGUUUACACAAACUGUCGGACAUGCGCGAUGAAGUGCCGGCAGAGGGGCCGGGCCAACCCGGUCUGUCCACUUUCUAUAAUCACAUUGAAGAGAUUAUUACUACGGAUGACUGGGGCGACGAUGAUGUGUACACCAAGGGAGUUGUGGAAGAAAUUCAGGUUUCUGUACAGAAAUUGGCCCGACCGACCGUUACAUCGGAGCGUGUAACGUUUCAGCCAAAAACCACCAAACUUUCGUCUGAAACGCAGACAGAAUUCCCCCCGCCGAUACCUCCAGCGGAAAUGGAUGCUCUGAAGAGCGGUUAUGAGACAAGGAUAUUUACGUUAGAGGAAACAGUGAUCAGUGAGAAGAGAAUAUCUGAGCAGAAAAUUUAUGAUCAGCAGCAACAGAUUACAAAGCUGCUGCAGAAAGUGGAUGCGGAUCGGAAGUUUAUUGAAGAGUUGUCGUCUGAAAGGGAAGCCGACCGGGAUGAAACAUUGAAAUUGACCAGGAAUUUGGAAAAUACUUGGCGGGAAAAUGAAAAUAUAACGGAGAAACUGAAUAAUUUACGACAGACUAAUGAAGAUACCGAGAAUCAGCUAAAGAUAGCUACGGCACAAAACGAACUGUUGGAAAAUAUCCGAAAGCGAUUUGCCGAUGAACUCCAGAUGAGGAACGAGCAGAUAAAACAGAAAGACGAUCUGAUUACGGAUUUAGAACGCCAACUAAGUGAUAAGAUGUCCUGUGAAGAGCAGCAUCGGCGUCAACUUGAGAAUCUCAAAUUGGAAUUGAGCGGCUUUCUCCGUUCACCCCCGCUGUCACCCGAGCCCGAGACGGCUGAUAUGUCACACAGUUUGGACGAUCUGCGGAAGCAGGUCAUGGAUCUCAAGGACGAACUGGCCGUGAAAAACCGCUCAACCGUCCAGGAACAUGAAAGAUUACUAACGUCUCUGCAACAAGAAUUGAAAAAUGCUAAGAAGAGUGAAGAAAAGGGUCGGCAGGAACGCGAGACAUUGGAGCAACAAGUCAGUGCACUGGAGCUGGAAGCGGCAGGAUUACGGCGCCAGUUAGACGUAUCAAAAUUUCAAAUACCUGAUGAGGAUGUGGUGGAGCAAUUAAAUGCGCGCUUAGCCAUGUUGCAGAAAGAAAUGGAAGGCUGCCAGCGGGUAAUUGAAGGCCAGGAAUCGGAAUUGCUCAGUAAUCGAACCGAACUGGAGUCAGUGCAAAUGCACUAUGAGGAAUUGCUGGGAAAAUGGGAGAAACUGAACAGCGAACACGGAGCUGUCUCGCGGGAAGAUUUACUGCGACAGAUGGAACAGUUUGAAUACCGAAACAAGUUCCUGACGCAACAGCUGGAAGAAACUGCGCAAAUGUUGGAUGAUCAGCAGCGAUUGUGGGAACGGGAGCUUACCCACAAAUCGGCCGAGAUCGUGGCUCUGAAAAAUGAAUUGGCGGAGAAUCACGAUUUGACUGCGGAUCUGGAGAGCGUGCGAGUGCAGAUGGGAGAUCUCAAAAGGCUUUUGGACGAAGCAGAAAAGACAGCCCGCGAGAAGUCGCUGUAUGCGGAUAGUCUGAAGAAUCUGGUUGAUAUCAUGAAAACCGAGGCGGCGCAGAAAGACGCAGCAGUAAAAGCGCUUCAGAAACAGUUCAACGAUAAUUCUUCAAGUUUGGCGCGACAACUGGAGGAAGUGGAGAAGAUGAACAGUAGCAUGUUGAAGGAAGUUGAAGUGUAUCGGAAUGCACCUAAUCAGUCAAUUGACUUCGAUAGCAUUAUUUUGGAAAAGGAUACAGAGAUCUCUAGAUUGCGAGAUUUGGUUGAAGCGUCGCUGGACGAUUCUCUCAUCACCUCGAAACAUGUUUUGUCACUCGAAAACAACACACAAACGGAAAAUGGAUUGAGUUUUGAAAGCGUUGAAAUUCAAGUGGAUUUAUUGGAUGACACACAGCUGCUUGCAGAGAUCGCGGACUUGCAUGCAACAGUCCGGGAGUUGGAACACAAAAUUGUUCAGAAAAAUAACCAGAUGGAGGCUCUCGCAGCCGAAUUAGCGUCGUUGAACGAUCGACAUGGAAAAACUCAAACAAAAUUCCGCACGACGAUUCAGUAUUUAAACCAGUCAGGACAUUCGUCCAGUGAUGAAGGAACAGUUACCACCACUCCGACAAAAGACCUCGGGGAGACAUCGCAUUUAGUAGAAAAAUACGAAGAGAAAUUGCGCGAAAUGGAGAAGACGCAUAUCGAUGAGAUGGAGCGAUUGGUGCAUGAAAGCUUGUCGGUUUUGCAGAAUCAGAGUGUGAUUACGCCAAAUGCCAAUGAUUCGUUAACGGCGCCUCAUGUUAACGGUUCUACCCGCGAGAUUUCUCCAGGAAGCUUCAGCUUGAGUUCGAACGAUGACUCCACCCUAAACGAUGCACCGCUGUCCGAUACGCUGCAGCGUGCGCUACGGGAACUGCGGAACGGAAGUGAGGCGAUACUGAAAGCAUCCAUAAAAAUCAACAAUGGAGCAGUGUCCGAAAACGCUGAAAAUUGGCCGGCUGAGCGAGAUUUGUUGGUGGCCAAAAUCAACUUCUUCCGAGAUACCAUCAACCAGUUAGUACUAAGCCGUGAUUCCAUGGAAAUGGCAUUGCGCCAUUUGGAACAACAGAAUGAAGAUCUUCGUGCGGAGUUGGAGAUGCUGCGGAAGGAAGACGAAAUGGCCGACGAGGGCAAAACAUUACUGCUGACCAUGUUGAAGAAAACUGAAUCCGAGCUAGCGGAAUUACAAGCACGAUACCGACAACGCGAUGUGCGGUUGGAAAUCGAGCAGGCAGGCCGAGAACGCGAAGAACGGGAGAGGGAGAAACUGCAGAAAGAGCUGCGAGAUACCGAGGUUCAACUAGUGCGCAUCCGAGGUGAGUUGCGGCAGAAAGAGGCUCAAUGGGAACGGGAACGGAUAUUAACCAUGUGGAAGAAGGAAUCCGCCGUUAAUGGGGGUGCGGAGGAAGUUGAGCAUGCCCGCUCACUGUGGAAAGGAAAAUGUAUUCGGGCGGAGAGCUAUCGAAAGAAUUUAACCCAUCAGAAACGCUAUUUGAUCACGCUCAUUGAUGAUUUGGUCUUGAAUACAACGGAUGAGCUUGUUAAGCGACUUGCCUUAGAUGGGAUCCGUCCAACGAGUAUACGGGGACCGGGUGGGAGUUCUGACGUAAAGCGUCCUGAGAAGAGACGAUUUAAAACGUUUGGAAUAGUGGUUUGCGCUGUUAUUCGGCUGCAGAUAACCAGAAUGAAAUGGCAGCAAAUAAGGCAAUAUAGCUAAUGUUGCCGGUGACCUGUCUUCGUUUUAAUUUCGUUUGAUAAUUAUUGCUUUAAUUUCCUUUAAAGCUGUUUUAACUUACCUGGAUUCGACUUGUUUUAAAGCGUUCUUAUGUAUUUUAAAUGUCUUAAAUCACAUCAGUGGAUGAUGAGUUGAUUUACCAGUGCCAUUAUAAAGGUUACAAAU